AUGGAACAACACUUGUCGCAUCAUAGCGGCAACGUUUUUGACAAGGAAUCUAUCCUUCAAAUGCACAUGGGCACUCAUCAUCAUUCUGAGAAUGAUACACUUUUGAAACCGUUCAAUUCUAAUUUAUUAGGAGCUAAUAGUGGUGCUACCAAUAAUUCUUCUUCAUCCACGGGAGCAUCCUCUUCGAUGAUCGAUGAAAGGCAGAUCGAUGGGAGUUUAAAGAAAAUCAGUGAGGAACCUACUAUGGCGGAGACAAGUGGUUAUGACAGCGAAUCGGAAACUUUCAUUGAAGUUGCUACAUACGCGGGCGUUGAUGUAUAUGAAUGUUAUACCAAAGAUAAACCUCCAUGCCUUAUCAUGAGAAGAUGCAACGAUAAUUGGUUGAACAUAACGCAAGUUUUCAAAGCCGGUUCGUUUACAAAGGCUCAGAGAACCAAGAUCUUGGAGAAAGAGGCCAAUGAAAUUAAACAUGAAAAGAUUCAGGGUGGUUAUGGACGAUUCCAGGGGACCUGGAUACCCUGGGAAUCGACUAAAUAUCUGGUGGAAAAAUACAAUAUUAACAAUAAGGUUGUCAAAAGGAUUGUAGAAUUUAUUCCUGAUCCAAAUGAUAUGCCUCCUAGAAGAUCAAAAGUAUCUCAGAUCAAGAAAUUGGACCCGAAUGCAAGGAUUACAUCACCAUCAGCUUAUAAGAAAACACCAAAGAAGAAUGCAAAGACCCCAAUGAAGAAAAAAUCUAUAAGGAGAUCUGGGAAAAAGGAUAAACCAGUUCAACCGUCCCCCUUACACAAUGUUAUGUUUCAAACACCUCAACAGCAACAUCAUCAUCAGAGUCAAAAUAGUAACCAAAGUACUGAAAAGCUUCCUAAUUUGGCUUCUGAACAAGAUACUCCAAUGGUACCGGUCAGUAAGGUGAAUCCUGAUAUUAUUUCUCAAGCAAACCAUCCAAUCAAAUACCAAACUACUCAGAAACCUUUGCAAUUUUAUCCAUACCCACAAACACACCAGUUCCAACAAAUGGUACCUGUUACAAACAACGUGGCUCCAGUGCCAGUCAACUCUAACAUGAAAUCUCAGCAUAACAUGAAAAUACUAAAACAAAUGACGCAGGGCAAUGCUGGCAGUAAUAAUAUGGGGCAUUCUUCUGGGUCUAUGAUCUCAAACGUUACAUCCACAGGAUCCUCAAUGGAAGUUUUCUCCUCCAACGAUAAAGCUUCGUCUAGCUCAUCAGAAUCACCAACUCCACUCUCAUCAGCUCAUGAUAAGAACGGUGUGUCCACAGAAUAUUAUAAGGAACUCAUUUUGGAGGUUUUAUCUUCAGAAUACGAUUCCGUGGAACCUACGCUACCCGAAGCACUUUAUAGGCCUCCAUCCAAUUUGGACAUAAACUUCUUAAUCGAUGACCAAGGACAUACGUCUUUACAUUGGGCUGUCGCUAUGUCAAACAUUCCAUUGAUUAGAGUACUACUAGUCCAAGACGCAGAUCUUCUCCGUUGUAAUGAUAAGGGCUUCAAUUGUUUGACAAAAUCAGUCUUUUACAACAAUUGUUACAAAGCCGUUUCUUUCCAACAAAUAAUAUCUAUGUUAAAUCCAUGUCUAGUAACACCAGAUGCAAAUCAUAGAUUACCCUUGCACUACCUAGUCGAGCUGACAGUAAACAGGUCCAAAGAACCUCAUGUCAUAGAGUAUUAUAUGGACACUAUAUUGGAUACACUUGCCAAGGAGGAUGAGAAACUGCUGCGAAUGUCACUCAAUCACCAAGAUACAUUGGGAAAUACCCCUUUACAUUUAGCAGCCCUCAAUAAGAACGUUGAUUUAUGCCAGAAAUUAGUAUAUUUCGGCGCGUCACCAGAUAUUCUUAACGGUGAAAAUCAGACAGUAUCUAUGAUACUGUCUCGUUUCACAGUUCCAAAUAUAUUUCAACCAACGCUUCCUGCCCAGAUUCUACAAUCUCCACCCAAGACAACUUUCUUGGCGAACACUCCUCGAAACAGUCAAGAAGAGCGUAUAGAUGACACCAGCAAAUACGACUUCAAUGACACCACAGUGGAUAGUAUACAGACUUCAACUAGGAAAAACAACAUAGUCGACCGUAACGAUGUCUUAUCAAUUGAUAAAAUGAAAGGAUCCUUAACUCCAGCAAUUAAAUUGCAUCCACCAUCUCCACCAACAUUAGUGAAGCCUGUGAACAGAUUACGUAGACCUGAUGCUCAAAGAGUACGAAAAGAACAAAAAUCAUCAUCUCCAACCAUCAAGUCUACUGCUCAGUUGGGUUCUCUUACUCAAUCUUUGAGCAACAUAAUUGAAGAUAAUCUUGAUAAUCUUCAAUAUAGUAUACAGCUGAAAGAAGAGCAAAUCCAAGAGAUCGAGAACCAACUGAAGCACACCAACGCAAGAGAAAAGGCACUCUCCGAUUCAAAUAAUAGAAAUACGUUGGGAUCCGCCCAAAAUCAGCUGAAGAUGAAAAACAUUGAAUUGGAUAACUAUAUGGAGCGGUCGCAAGCGCUGUCACUUGCUACAUUAGUACAGGAUGAGGAAAACUGUCUCUCAAAGGACUCAUCUACGGAAGCUACUAAUGAAUUCGAAAAGAAAGAAUCCAUAAAAUUGAUGGUAGAAUUGUGUUACAAGCAGUUCAAGAGAAGACAAAUGAUUAGGAAUAUCAAAUACGCUAGAGAUCAACUGGUUUCAGAUAGUAAAAUAUCAAAGUUCAGAAAACUUAUUGGUAUGUCCAUAGACAAUAUCGAUUCUAAGUUGAAUGACAUCGAGAUGGACCUAAGCUCUAUGGAAAAGACUCAGUCUCGCUAA